GCCUCGGCGGCGGCGGGCGAAGCGGAAGAGACCACCCGGCUGCGCAAGCCGCGCUUCUCCUUCGAAGAGAACCAGAUCCUGAUCCGGGAGGUGCGCGCCCACUACCCGCAGCUCUAUGGCGCGCAGAGCCGUCGGGUGAGCGUGGCCGAGCGGCGGCGUGUGUGGGACGGCAUCGCCGCCAAGAUCAACGGCAUCACCAGCUGGAAGCGCACUGGCCAGGAGGUGCAGAAACGCUGGAACGACUUCAAGCGCCGCACCAAGGAGAAGCUGGCCCGGGUGCCGCACUCCACGCAGGGCGCCGGACCUGCCGCCGAGGACGCCUUAUCCGCCGAGGAGGAGACCAUUUUUGCCAUCCUCGGGCCGGGCGUGGCGGGGCCAGGAGCAGGUGCAGGGGCUGAGCAGCCCCCCGCAGCCACCGCCUCACAGCCGCCUGCCCCAAGCGCCUGUGCCCAACGCUGUGUGUUGUCCGAGGACCGCAGGGAAGACCGACGGGCAGAUACACCAGCCCACAGCAAGGGGGGCUCCAGCAGCCCAGAGCCCUGGGCCCGGCCCUCCUGCAACCCCCAGGAAGGGGGCUGCCCACCGCCCAAGGAGCGUGAGUCUUCGCCCCCGCCGGCCCUGCAGACCGUCCAGCUGCCCCGCCUGGCCUUGUCUCCACCACCCCCAGCCCCUCCACCUCCACCACCCCAGCAGGUCCAAGUGGCACCCUCGCCCCCCAGUCCCCUACCCCCUCCACUGCCUCCGCCCAUGCCCUCGGCCUCAGACUCCUCCCUGGACUUCCUGCGGGCGCAGCAGGAGACUGCCAACGCCAUCCGGGAGCUGGCCGGCACCCUGCGACAGGGACUGACCAAACUGAGCGAGGCCCUCAGCGCCUUGCUGCCCCUUCUGCCUUUUUUUCCCCCGCCCACCCCCAAGGUGGAGAUCACCCCAGAGCCCGUGUCUGUGGUGGCUGCUGUGGUGGAUCGGGCUAUGGUGGCAGCCAGGGGGGUGAUCAUCGCCCCUAGGAGUGAGGAGGGGGCCCCCCGGCCAUCCCCAGCCCCACUUCCUCCCCAUGACUCCCCCCCACACAAGAGGAGGAAAGGUUUUCCUACACGGAAGAGGCGGGGGCGGUGGAAAUCUCCGUGAAGUCUGCCAUGGGGUUCCAGCUUGUCUACUCGUCCGCCUGCACCUCCUCUCCCAGCUUCGCUCAGUGGAGGGGGGCCACGCACCUUGGCCACGCACCUUCCCCACGCCAGCCGUACCCUGGCUCCCUGCUGCAGGGGCACGAGCACCCCAUGCCCUCUACUAGUUAGUGCCUGAUUCGUGGGGGGCCUUCUGGAUGGGCCCCCCAGCCCUCUCUCCAGCACAGCGCUGUCUGCCUGGCUGCCUCCCUUAACCCUGACCUCUAAGCCAUCAAUUUUACGUUAUUUAUUAUCACCCUCUGUGGGUUGCAGAGGGGACCUUGCAGGUGUGCACACAGCCCCUUCCCUAACCACUCCUGGUCUUGACUUGAAGAGAAUCGACCUGUGGGGACUCCUUACCUCCCCAGCCCAGACUUUGGAGGGAGUUGGGGUUGCGAGUCAAAUCAGAAUGUGGAUGACUGUGAGGGUUCAGCCAUCUGCACCCCGGGGGAGAGGGGGCGCGUUCUUGCCGGGGAGGUAUCCGGGGGCCCUCUGCCUCCUGUCGCAGCCUCCGACCCCCAGAGCUCAACCCCUCCUUUCUCCUCAGUGGUGACAAGAUAUCAAUAAACUUAUUUUUAAUACAA